GGGCGGCAGGGCCAGCGGCGCGGCGAUCUCGCCGGGGGCAGCGCGAAGCAGGGCGGCGCGCGGCGCGGGGGCCGACGGGGGCGCGGGGCCGCCGCGCCGGAAGUGCCCGCGCCGCCGGAGGAAGCGCAGCGGGCGCCGAGCGGCCGAGCGGGCGGGAAGGCCCCUGGCUCCUCGGCCGGGCAGGGGCUGGCGGGAGCAGGCGGGAGCAGGCGGCAGCGGCGCCGCGGCCCCAAGCCUGCCUUGAGACCCGGCGCGGCCAGUACCCGGGACGGGACCCGGGCGGGGAGGAAGUAGGGAGGAGGCCGCGCCGAAGCCAGGCGGCGAGCUCCGAGGCCCAGCGGCCUGGGCCGCGUCACCGCAGCCACAUGGCCUCCGGAGUGGGCGCGGCCUUCGAGGAGCUGCCGCACGACGGCACGUGUGACGAGUGCGAGCCGGACGAGGCUCCGGGGGCCGAGGAGGUGUGCCGAGAGUGCGCCUUCUGCUACUGCCACCGCCACGCCGAGGCGCACAGGCAGAAGUUCCCCAGCCACCACCUGGCCCAGUACGUCCACGGCGCCGCCCAGGCCUGGACCGCCGGAGCCCCGGGGCAGGGCGACGCCAAGGAAGAAGCCGAGGCCAAGGUGGAGAAUGAGCGGGACCUAGAGAGCGAGGUGGGGGAGGAGAGCGAGUCCGAGGAAGACAGUGAAUCCGAAGAAGAGAGCGAGACGGAGGAAGAGAGCGAGGAUGAGAGCGAGGAUGAGAGUGAAGAGGACAGUGAGGAAGAAAUGGAGGAUGAGCAAGAGAGCGAAGCAGAGGAAGACAACCAAGAAGGAGAAUCCGAGGCUGAGGGAGAAACGGAGGCAGAAAGUGAAUUUGACCCAGAAAUAGAAAUGGAAGCGGAGAGAGUGGCCAAGAGGAAGUGUCCGGACCAUGGGCUCGAUUUGAGCACCUAUUGCCAGGAAGAUAAGCAACUCAUCUGUGUCCUGUGCCCUGUCAUUGGGACUCACCAGGGCCACCAGCUCUCCACCCUAGACGAAGCCUUCGAAGAACUAAGAAGCAAAGACUCAGGUGGACUGAAGGCGGCUAUGAUAGAGUUGGUGGAAAGGUUGAAGUUCAAGAGCUCAGAUCCUAAAGCAGUGAAGAGCAAGAGGAUGUAUACAGAUUACACUGAGUGGCUUCUGUGCAUGAUGAUAAUACAGGUAACCCGGGACCAGAUGAAGGUGUUUAUACAGCAGGAAUUUAAGAAAGUUCAGAAAGUGAUUGCUGAUGAGGAGCAGAAGGCCCUUCAUCUAGUGGACAUCCAGGAAGCAAUGGCCACUGCUCAUGUGACUGAGAUACUGGCAGACAUCCAGUCCCACAUGGACAGGUUGAUGACUCAGAUGGCCCAAGCCAAGGAACAACUUGAUACCUCUAAUGAAUCAGCUGAGCCAAAGGCAGAGGGUGACGAGGAAGGACCCAGGAAAGUGAGAUUGAGCACGAGGAACACAGCCCAGAGAAGGAGGAGCUGCGAGAGUUGCAUUGAAGGUCGGGAGAGAAGCAUUUCUCAGCUGUCCCUGGCUGCUCGGCGCUUCUUGGUCUCAAGUUUGCCUGAGACAGAAGUUGAGAUGGAGCUUGCCAGGAAAAUGCCUAAGGUGGAACGAACCAGAACUUCUCUCCCCAGACAGAGAGCACAAACAGGGGGAACGACAGGCAGAGGGAGAGGGAGAAGCAGGCUCCCUGCUGAGCAGGGAGCCCAAUGCGCAGCUGGAUCCCAGGACUCUGGCAGAUGCUUAACCGACUGAGCUACCCAGGUGUCCCAGGAAUAAUUUUCAACAAAACAUUCAAGCGGUGCCAGUGAAGAAGAGGACACAUGAAGGCUUGCCAUCCCCCGUGGAGACUCAUCCCUUCCCCCUGUGUGUAUGUGACGGCGUGUAUGUAGUGGCUUCUGAGUUCUGUGAAAGCUGCCCAGCAACAAACGUACUCCUACCGGACACAUCCCCAGAUCCACAGCAGGCACAUAUCUCUCCAAGGGAUGACCAAUUUUAUUGUUACUGACUGCUUUUCAUUCUCUUGUUGUGGUAGCUCAAGAAAAAGUGCCCCUAUGAUCAACCAGGAGCAGUUAAUUAAGAAGCGUCCUUCAGGUAGUCCCUCAAUGGCUGCUUUGAACUUACUCAGGAAAGCCAGCCCCCGUGAUAUUGUAUACCCAGAUAGCAUUACUUUAUCUGGAAGGAUCUGGAAUAAUCCUGAAGGGCAGUCAGAAUUUUUUCCCUACCUGCUAAUAAAACCCCACUUUAUUUAAAUUGCAGCAUGAAAUAGUGGGGGGCACGGUAGGGCUUUGUAGAUAGUGUCUAAAAGUCCAAUUAUACAUUUGUGAAAAUGUGGCUCCACGAAGUAAGAUGGGUGGCGUGAAGAUGGGGUUGGAGAAAGAGUUAAAAGUUCGAAAUACAGGGAUAUUUUUAGUACAUGAGGUUAUCCAGCACUUCAAAUCCAUAAUUCAGUGCUGUGGAAAUGAAAAAAAUGAUUGAAGAGGUAGAAAGGAAAUGACUUUAAAAAAAAAAAAAAAAGGACCAAAGAGAUCUGAUUAAAAGUUGAAAUCAGUAUUUCUGAACUCAAAUUGCCUGAGUUUCCAAAAUAGUCACUAAAGGAUCUGAUGGAACCUGAAUUAUUUGGGUGCUUUCUGCCGGUUUUCUGGGUCUUGUCGCAACAUGAAGGCCGGGAUGUGUAUUACCAAGUGGGGAUUUUCAGUGUAGGUUUUUGUCACUCCUGCUCCAGCCCCCUUGGCCUCAUUUGGCUUAAAGGCAGUGUAGAGAGAGUUCUCGUCACUCUGGUGUGCUGAAUCAAGCCCUGUCUCCUGGCAGGUACACCCUCCUUUCCCUCCAGCUGGAACCCCUCUUUGCAUGGCACCCCGCCCCAGGCCUUCAGCCCCGCCCCCAUACCCAGGUUCUUCCCUCUCAAGUACCCUGAGCAGAGACAUCCCACAGUUGGACUUCCAACCUUUCCCCCUUGCCAAGUCACAUUUCCUUACAACCAAGUUUUCUCCUCCCAAGUAAGCAGUGAUUACCAGGGAAUACCAACCUGCAAGUUUAAAGCCUGCAUUUUCUGAAACAUCAGUUUUACCGAAAUGGUUUGGAGUCGGGGGAUGACCUUCUUUUUUGAUAAAACAGCUACAUUAUGAAAGAGAGUGUUCAUACACACAGUUAAGAUAGAGUGGGACACUUCAGAGGGAAUGCUUAUUUGCAAGUGGGGUACGUGGUCCCUCUCCUCUGCCUUUAGUGGUAUUUUGGUGUUCACUUCCGAGAAGUACAAUUGGAACUGUAUCCAAGCAGCUGACUCGGGGCCUAGACCUCUAGUCGCCUCUGAAGCAAAACUAAAGGCGCCUGCACUGGGAGAAGUCCCUCUUCCAGCCUGCCUGCCUGUGACCUGUGUACCUGGCACAGAGCAUUAGGGCCAGCUGGUGUGUGUGUGUGUGCAGGAUGGUUUUGAGGCAGAAACAGUACUUACUGUAAGAAUCCUAUUUAUGUCAUUGUUCAAUCCUGCGCAUGCUAUAAAAUUAUUUCUUUGGGGCCAGGAAGCUACCAGGCGUAUAUGCUUCUGCGUUAAGAUUAUCCUAGCUCACUAAAUAUGUUAGGAUGUUGGGACUGAGAGUACUUUGGGCUGUUAAAAAAAAAAAGUAUUUUUCUCUCAAACUGGUGGCCAACAAAUGGCUAAGACAAUUUCGGUGCUUUACCUGUCCUCCUGCAAAGACUGGAGAAUUUGGCAUACCACUAAUUACAACCCGCAACCGUAUCCCACAGAACUACCCAUAAAGAAGGACAAGUGGCCACUCUUAUAAGAGUUUAAAAGCCAGAAGAUGAAGAAGAUUUUAGGUUCUGGAUGCUUGUGUUUGUCUUUCCCCAAUAAUUAUUGUUUCAUCUCUAAAUAACAGCCUUAUCUUCACAAUGGAUAGACCAUUGGCUCCUCCCUACCUGAUUGUAUGUUAUUAGUUAAAAUCAGUAUUUGGGAAACCCAAGCAUUUAUGCAGCGGAUAUGAACGGAAAUAUAAAAAUACAUGCCAGCUUGUCUCAAUAUAUUAUCAUUAUAUUAUCAUAUCUCUGUAAUCCUCAAGGAAAGCCCUUUUGCUUUUACUUAAGAUUUCAGAUUUGCUUUAUGGGCUCCCGCGGUCUUCAGCACCUGAUAAAACUUUAACCAGGGAAGCAUUAAACAGAGCAGCAGCUUCUGCCCAGGCUCCGGAGUCCCUGCCAACAGCAUUUCUCAGUGUAAGAACUAGGGUGCUUCCUGCAGUGGGGCCAGCUUCCCCCAGAGCUGGAGGAUGCGGCUCGGCCUUAAGCUCCUGCCAGGUGAGUAAGUUAGAGUGCUCAGCAGUGUGUGCCGACUGGCUGCAGGCUCUAGGUUUGCAGAAACCCCCAGGGAGACGUCAUCAAGGGCAGCAGGUAAUGAAUGUCUCCAGAAUGAAUUGGGUCCUCACAGCAGUCCCUGGCUACCUUCCAGAUUUGGGUUCUCUGGAGGCUGAGAGUGGGUUGGUCUUUUGAUUCGAUGUCCUGAAAUCCAGGGCAAUUCCAAGAGGUUCUCUUAGGAGUCUCAGCUCUGACAGCCCAGGAGGGGAAAUGACCUGUAUUGAGGACCAGCUGUGAGCCAGGCCCUGUACUGGGCCCCAUUUGUCAGAUGAUAGAACGGAUGUGGAGUAAUAGAGCCCCUUGCCUUGAGUUACACAGCUAGGAAAUACUGGAGCUCUUCCUAACUUUGUGGUGGUCCGUGGUACAUCUACAGUACAGAGGGAGGAAAAGGCUUCCGGUUCCCCCACUGCAGUCUGACUAUCCCACUUUAUGGAUUCUUUUUCAAAGUUACGUUUCAUGGCUACCGUUUGGGCUCAGAAAUGGCAUCAAGGUGGCCUCACUCUUCCACCUUAGCAGGUCUGUGAAGUGCACAUUGCUAACUUGAGCCUGCCCCCAGGAGUUGGGGAGACCUUUCCUUUUUGGUGCCAUCCCCCAUAAAUAAAGUGUCUCUAGGCCUUCAAGAGUAUAGAAGUUCUAAGAAAUAGUAAAAGUGGAGGGUGUUCUGCUCUUAAGUUUAUCUGAAAAUGUCUGGUGCUGCAGUCCUGCAGAAAAGGAAAUCUUCAUAUUUGAGCCCAGCCGCUGCUGUGCUCUGUGAGGCUGUGUUAACUCAGAGUCCAGUGAAUCUAGACUUUCCUGCUGACGCUGGUGUGUAUAUGCACACACAUACACGAUAUGCGUGCAUCUGUAUAUACACACACGUAAACAUAUGCACGCACACGCAGUUUAAGAACUACGGGGAAUCCAGAACAGCCCCUCAUUACCUUGCAUACCCCUGCAGAGGUUUCUGCCAGCCCUGAUCACAAGCGUCACCAGAUAGCCGGAGCUUCGGUGCUUGCUUACAAGAAGAACAGCUCCUUGGCGACGGUUGUCAGCUCCUAAAGCGCUGAGCCAACAUGGCGCCCCUGAGGGGACUUCCCAGGCUGCUCCAAGAUGUCUAACGGUUUGGGUGACCCGGGGAUCUGUCCACUCCGGGCAGGCCUGAGGGCACAGCUGCUGAGUUUAUGACUUGUGGUUGUGGCAGGGCAUAGGAAGCCCUCUCCCCCACCUAGAAAAUAUUCCCUUUCUAAUACCUGAAAUUCCAUACUCAACAUAAUGGCUGCUCAGUACAUGCUUUGUAAUAAGAAAAUUGGUUGCAUGUUUACUGUGUGCCUAGCACAUCUGGAAGUUUCUAUUUAAAACACAAAUCUCAUUUUGGAUGAACUUGGCCCAGCCUUAGGAGAGAAAGAAGGCCCAUAGGGGAGAGUUGAGAUCUCAUUACCAUUGCCUCUACCCAGCGGUGUUCUAAAGCCCCCACCCCAGCCCAUUCCAAGACCCAGAGGCCCAGGGGAUCUGCCUGGUAGAAGAGUAGCAUUCGAAACUGAGAACACACCAGAAACAGCAGAGCAAGUGCCAGAGCAGGAAAAGGAAGACGAAUUAAGACACUUGUGGGUAUACUGGUGCAAAAGUUGCCACAGAGCCCUGGGCUUGAUAGGACCUUGAGGGGACAGUAGAUUUAUAUUAACAGGAGUCAAACCUGACCAGUCUUUGUACAGUGACAGGCCACACUGCAUGGGGGUGGGGGGGCAACCGACGAGCCCUUUGUCCUCUGCCUGUUUUCCCGUGCACAGUCACAUUCCCUCCUUAGUCACCUUCCUCUUUCAUCCUUCACAUUAAACAAGGGGACACGCGAUCUUUCAAGGGAAUUACACAUUUGAGUUAAUGUUUCAGUAUAUCAUUUUCAUACUGUAAAUUAUUUUGUAAGAGAGAUUUACCGCUAUCCCAGGAUGUUUGGACUCAGUGCCCCUGUGCAUUUGGAAAUCAAUAAACUAUUACUGGAAAUA